AGAAUGGAGUCUCUGCACUGAUGAUGGCUGUAAGGUGGGGUAGGACUGAAGUUGUUUCACUGCUAAUAGAAGCUGGAGCAAACAUUGACCUACAGAAUAAGGAUGGAGACUCAGCUGUGAUAGUGGCUACCACACUCUACAAUCUGUCAGUCCUGAAGGAGCUGGUCAGAGCUGGAGCUGACCUCAACCUGCAGAACCAGGAGGGGUUGACCGCCCUGAUUAUCUCCUCGAGAUCUGGUAGAACUGAUAUCACAGAGAUACUACUGUCAGGAGACAACAUCGCUCUUGAUAUUCAAACUAGCCUACUAAAACUGGUGAAGGUGCCAGGCAAGCAGCAAAGCGACAGGAUUCGAUCGUCUGGAGCCAGAGUCCUGAGACCUGAUAUCGACAAUCGCUCUAGCUCCUUCUCUGAGUGUGAGAAUGAGGAGGAAGCAAUAAUGCUGAAGACUAGAGAGGAUGAAGUGGACAAGAAUGUGCUGCAAACGAUCACGCAGAAAGAGGUGAGUCGCGAGUUGCAAUGCUGCGGAGUGAGAAAGAAAGAAGAAAAACUGUUUGUAGAGCUGGAAGGGAAAAAAGGAACAGAUGCGACAAACAGGGUCAUGGUGGUGAAAGUGUUUCCUACAAUGAGUCGCCUGAAGAAACUGGAGUGGUUCACCUACCUCUCCCCACAGUCUCUCACUCCUCUGACUCCUUCAUCACCAAAAAAAGACUGCAACCUGAGACUGGAACUCCAGUUUUUACUUGCCACGACAGACACCAAGAAAGAGGCUCUCACCGUAUCUAUCCUCAUCUAUCAAGCAAUUGAAGCCUCGCGUGUUGUGUGUGGUCAGGACCAUGAUGAUCCGACCCCGAAAUUCCCUGGAAAUGAAAUGAACUGAGGAACAGAUUGGGUGAGCACCCUGCUUUGUCUUGAUACCAUCUAUGACUUGUGUUGUGCGUUCUUUUAUCCAGCUUUUCUAAAGAGGAAAGAUGAUCGCUUAAAACACGAGCAAAAACUUCUUACAUCUCACAUUCAUGCACUGUGCUCAUCUAAUAUUAUAAUAUCUCAAUCAGUACUCAUUAAUAUUAUCUAACACUAUAAAUCGCUGCUCGUUCAUUUAUUUCACACACUUUAUUUAUCACUUGCUCAUUUGCCCAUUAUCUAUCCUCACCCACUGCUAUUAUUUAUUCAUGUCACAUUUAGUUUUUCACAAAAUG